AUGGUGCACUUGAUUGCCAAUCAUCGUGGGUUACCUGAAACGGCAAAGAGUCAGAUAGAUAGGAUGCAAGCGCAUGGUAUUGCAACGGCUAAGAUUGUAGGGUACAUGGCAGGUAUGGCUGGUGGGUACUCGUUGUUGGGGUUUCUGAAAAAGGAUGUCUGCAACUACGCUGACAAACAACAGCGCAUUAAAAUAUAUAACGGUGAUGCACACUCUGCAAUUGUGUAUCUCGAGGGAAAAGCCGAGUUAGACCCGAUGGCGGUGGCAAAAUAUAGUGUGACUUGUGAUAAGAGGCUAGCAAAUCUGAUUUGGAUUGACGAAGCUAGCAGAGUAGAUUACCAAUACUUUGGUGAUGUGUUAGCCUUUGAUUCAACAUACAUGAAAAACAAAUACAAGAGACCGGUUGUCAUUUUUUCUGGAACAAACAAUCACAAAAGACUACCAUCUUUGGGUUUGGGUUGUUGGUUGAUGAAAGUGUUGGUGCCUAUAGGUGGAUGUUGGAGACAUUGA